AUGAUCCCAUUACGAAAAGGAACAUGGACGAAUAAUGAACAAAUCCGGUUCGAUGGGCUAAUUGUUAAGUAUGGACGUGACUGGGCAAAAAUUGCAAGAGAACUUGGAAGGUCGGCUCCCGAUUGUAGGAAUCGUUACAAGUCACUUAAUGGACUGAAUAAUUUUCAUAGGUGUGGACUAAGCAUUCGUACUCAACAACCGGGAAAAAUAUUUAACAGGACUGCCGGAGGUAAUACAAGAUUUGGAUGUAUCAAUAAACAAUUGCUUAAUAGUUCAAAGCUUAGAAUGUUUCAAUCUGUACCAAUUAGCUCAGACCAAGACGAUUUAAACCAACUUUGA